AUGUCGGUUACUCUUGGACCUACGAGUUCAAUGAUAACUGGGAGUAUAUCCUCCAUUAUAUCCCCCACAGCAUCUUCAAUUAUAUCCAGUACUAUACCUAGUGCCAUUGAAUCCGCUACAAGCAGUAUCAAUAGUCCAGAAAUAACAACAGCUACCGCAUCCUCAUCAACAGCAGCUACCACAUCCUCAUCAACAGCAGAAGAGACACAAUCGUGCACACCAGGAUCAGUCUUAGAUGUCUGCUUUGAUGGAUCACAGUAUCUGGACACUGCACUCAACACCGCCAACAUUGGCUCUCAAUUCACCAUCUGUAUCGUGGUUGGCAUCCUCCUUUUUAUGAUUUUUUGUAUAUUUAGAACAAGAAUCCCAGUACUAUUCUCUCCACGAUCAAACAUGAAAAGACACAAACCACCUGAAUUGCCAACAUCAUUGUUCGGCUGGAUCUGGCCACUCAUCAAAAUCAGUGAUGAAGACAUGCUGACGAAUGUCGGUUUAGAUGCUUUGCUGAUGCUAAAGUUUGUAACCAUGGGUAUCAAAAUCUUUGCUGUGUGUACAGUUUUCGGUAUCAUUGUGUUUGUACCAAUCACCAUGACCUCUGAUUAUACACACUUGGGUAAUGCCACCUCGCCCCUGGAUAGAUUAUCGAUAUCAGUCAUUGAACAAGACUCCAAAAAGUUCAUCGCCUACCUCGUCUUUGCCUAUUUUUUUACUUUUGUCACCUUUUUCUUCUUGAAUCGAAACUACAACGACUACAUCUACCUUCGCGCCAAAUACUUAUUGAAACAGUCUAAAUCCAUGGUCUCUCGAUCUGUCAUUGUUACUGGAAUUCCCGAGCGCUUAAGAUCUGAUCAGGCGUUGGCUGAUUACUAUGAGAAUCUAGGUGUUGGUUCCGUUGAAAGUUGCUACGUUGUACGAACAGUUCACAGAUUAAACACCAUGAUCAAGAAAAGAGCACAAGCGUUGAUCAAAUUGGAAGAAGCUUAUGCAAAAUAUUGGGGCAAUCCGUGUCGAAUCCCUGGAUAUGAUCCUGAUCGCAUUUUGGAUGAUGUAGACAUGUACAAGCGAGUAUUGGAUCUUGCUGAAAACCGACCUGAUAGCAGCAGUGACGAGGAGGAGGAAGAAGAUGAGGAAAACGAUGCGGAAAAAUCCGAGGAGGGAUCAUCCACGCUCAAAAUAAAGAAGCUCAAGAAGAAGAAAAAGUUGGGAAAUACCACCUUCUUUAAGGGACUCGUGGAACCAAUGAGUCUUAAAAAGACGACCAAAUCAAAACGUCCUCUCGUCCGUGUUGGUGGCUUCUUGGGCAUGGGAGGCAAGAAGGUUGAUGCCAUUGAAUACUACACAAAGCUGUUUGAUGAUUUGGACAAGACUGUCAUGCAGCGUAGAAGCUCGCCCAACUUUGAAAUGACCAAUGUUGCCUUUGUCACGUUUGAAUCCAUGAGCAGUGCUAUAAUUGCAUCCCAAAUCGCAAUCAAUCCCGAACCUUUUGCAUGCCGUACAAGUAUGGCUUGUGAACCUAGAGAUGUGCUUUGGAGUGCCAUUUCUAUUCGUGGUCGUGAAAGAAUCGUCCGAGAAGCCAUUAUUUGGACCAUCACUGUUGUGGUUUGUCUGUUUUGGUUCAUUCCUGUUGGUGCAAUCUCAACUUUAAUGAGUAUUCCAACCAUCAAGAAAAUUAAUCCUGAACUUGGUACACGCAUGGAGAAUAUCCCUGCUGUACAAACGAUUUUUGGCACAUUCAUUCCUCCUCUUGUUCUCAAUAUCUUCACUUCCGUCUUGCCAUUGCUGUUUGAUACUAUGGGUUACUACCAAGGUUUGAGAUCUCGAAGUGCAGUAGCUGAAUCAACAUUGAGCAAACAGUACUUUUUCUUGAUCUUCUUUACCUUGAUCUUUUAUUCUGUUAUUGGUACAUCAGUCAUGGCUAUUCUUAACAUGUUUGCCACCAACCCUCAAGGUAUCACCAAAAUGCUAGCAGAGAUGUUACCAAGACUCGCUCCAUUCUUUAUCAACUACACCAUUUUGCAAACCUUUUUAAUUAUGCCUUUGAAUUUGUUGCUACUUGGUGCCAUAAUCGUUCGUGGAUUCACUCAUAUGUUCCUUUGUAGAACACCACGAGAGCAUGCUGAAAAUCGUGCACCAUGGUCUUUCAAUUACGGCAUUGGUUAUCCUGUUCCUUUACUCGUAUUUGCUAUCGUAUUCGAGUACUCUCUCAUUUGUCCUAUAAUUUUGCUGUUUGGUACCGUCUAUUUUUGCUUUACCUACGUCGUUUACAAGUAUCAAUUCUUGUAUGUAUACUUUCGUCCUUACGAAGUUGCUGGUAAACUGUGGACAAUGGUUAUUCCACGUGUCAUCUUUACCCUCAUUUUGUUCCAACUGACCAUGAUUGGUCUCUUUUUACUCAAGGGCAACUAUAUUCUAAGUGGUCUAGUGGUUCCUCUCGUCUUGAUCACCAUCUUGUAUCGCUAUCUUUUGAGUCUGGCUUAUUCAAAGAAUGCACAUCACUUACCCAUGCAAUUGCUUAAAGAUAACCUACAAAAGUUACCCACCUCCGACGAUGAAGAUUCUGAUGAAGAUGACUCCUCUUGUGAUGAGCGUAUCGAUGAAGCUAAAAACCAAGCCAGAAUGAUUGAGGAAAGGAAGGCAGAAGAAGAAAAGAAGAAUGAAGUUCGCAGUCGUUGGAAGAAGGCGGCUCUUUCGGCCGUCAAUCUCAAGCCUCAACAAGAUGCUGCUGCUGCUACCAAAACAGAUAGCAAGUCUACUAUUAUUCGCCCUCGUCAUCGUAAAGUGGUAUUAGAUGAAGACGAUUAUGAAGCUACACCUGACAGUUUGACCGACUACCGUCAGCCGCCUAUGCAACUGAAUCCAGGUCUCCUGGAUGCUGGUCUCAAAAAGUACGGUAAUCCUCUACUAGUAGGUUACUUGCCACAGCUUUGGUUACCUGUCAAAAUGCCUGCCAAGGGCGAAGAAGCCAAGAAACCUCCAGUUGGACGUCGCAAGUCUGAUCUCCUGCAGAACCGUCAUGACGGUAGUGGCGGUAAUCUUGCACAACAUUUGGCUGAAAUUCUUCGAAAGGUAGAACGUGAUAACAAGGCAAAAGAAGAGGCUGUUGCUGCUGCCAUUGCUACUGCUUCCAAGAGCCGACUAGAACAAGAGGAUGCCCUCAUUGCUGAAGCUCGCAAGACCGCUCACGAUGAUGCUGCCUCAAUUGUCACUGGUAAAACCGCUCUUCCUAAAAUCAAUAUAUUGCGAUCCAUGUUCAAGCGUGGCCAUAUCAAGAAAUCCAAUGUUAAGAUUGAGCACACGCCAGCUGAGAACUUCCGUCUGCAACACUUGAGAGAUCAACAAAACAAAGCAGACGAUACUACAUUGGAUCAAGCAGAGCGAGGAGCAGCCAUACCAGACCCACAACGUCAAGACAGUGGAGGUAGCGGAGCCAGUGCGCACGAUACAGAUAGCGUAAAAUCCACCGCCAGAUCUGUUCACCAAGUAUACUACCACCAUCCAGAGCGUAGACACUCGCAUGCUUACAAUACCAACUUUUUGGUACCUCAUCACCGUGUUGAGAUGAGACACAGUGGACUCAGUUCGCCUGCUAUCUUCCCUCCUACACAAACAGAUGACAUUGAAGAUACUGAAGAGGCUGGUCAGAAUAUCUCUAGACCCGAUACACAAAAUUCAAGAUUGAGUAGUGAUCCCCUCAUCAAAAAGGACACUGUGUAA